AUGGCUCCUUUCGGCUUAGUGACAGCGAGUGUUAGCCUUUUGGCGAAGUCCUUCAAUGUCUUCACAUGCACAAGUACUCUGGCAAGAGUCGUCCAUACAUCAUUCAGGAACCCAGUCAAAUGCCUGUCCACCCAAGUCAGUGGUCCUCCAAAGAGGCCUCUCAAUGGAUACAUGAGGUAUGUGAUGCAGCAGAAGCCGUCCGUGGUGAGUCAGAACCCAGAAAUAAAACUAAUAGAAGUCGUCAGGAAAAUUGCCCACGAGUGGAGACUGAUGAGUCCGGAGCAGAAACGGCCCUUUGAAGAUGCAUAUCUGCGGGAGAAAGAAGUGUUCAAGGUGAAUCUACAAAAAUACCAGGCCCAGUUGACUCCGCAACAGAUUGAGCAGCAAGCCAUUGAGAAGAGGCAGAGAAUGGCCAAGAGGAAGGCCAUCCGCAAAAAGAGGGAAGCAAACAGCAUGGGAAAGCCGAAACGUCCUCGCUCGGCAUUCAACAUCUUCAUGUCUGAACAUUUUGAGGAAGCCAGAGGCGCAGAUACGCAGACAAAGCUGAAGACUCUGCUGAAUGACUGGAGUAGUCUUUUCAGCCAUCAGAAGCAGGUUUAUGCACAACUGGCGGAAGACGACAAAAUCCGCUACAAAAACGAGAUGAAAUCAUGGGAGGACCACAUGGUGGAAAUCGGACGGGAAGACCUGAUCCGAGACAAGACUUGGAAAAAAAAGGCCGCGGAAGCCAAAAAGGCCAAGAAGGUCAAGAAAGCGGCAGCAAAGACGCCAAAAGUCGCCAAAGCCAAAUCAAAAACUACUAAGAAAACCAAAAAGAGCACCGUCAAAGUUGUUAAGAAAACAAAAAAGACUUAA